AUGGGCACCGCGUACUCCCAGCCCGAAAGCAUCAAAAAGCUAAGCUCAGAGGCUAUGCUAGCAAUCGUUUUAGCAAUAAUCCUCGGCCCUGUGGUCCUUAUAGUCGGCACCUUGCUCAUCCGAAAGUGCAUCCGAAGUUGCAAAUGUGUGGGAUGUCGAAGCCAUCGUCACCAAAAGGAAGUAAAGAAAUGGAGCUCGGGUAGAACACGAGAUGGGAUAGAAAGAGAAUGGAGGGGGGAUUCGGCGUUAGAGUUGGGGGCUGUUAGUUGUGCUGGAAAGGGGAGUAGCUGUGAUACUGCUACUUUAGAGCGUAGUCGACCGCCAUCUUAUAGAAGUCUUGAGGAUUGA